AUGAACAAACCACCCAAAGAUCCGAUACCUGAACAAGUCCAGCAGCUGCGAGCAGCUUACGACAAACGAGCGCGGGCAAACCUGAUCUAUGGCCAUGGCCAACAGAUACUAGACUUCAACAUUGGAAUAGUCGAUAGAAUCCUUACACGUAUUGAUACGAGCAAGCCCUCCGGGCAGUGUGUCCGGCUGGCCGCCAUACCAAGACACCUUAUGAGGCGAUAUUCUCAGCCUGGAGAAGAACGUGCCCGAAUCCGCGUUGGAAAGCGACUUCAAAAUCAUCGGGGACUAAAUACGGCCCUUGAAAAUGUGCCAUUACUGCCAAACUUGGAGGAUGACCCUGAAGACUUUGGUGCACUUCUCACAUUGCUGCUUAUCCUUAGCAUCGAUUCCAACGAUGUCGACUCCGAGAAAUACUUCCUCAAGGAAGGCAAAUAUAAGAGCGAGAUAAGCAAUCUGCUGAAAUGUCAAGGGACAUUCUAA